AUGUUGCUACUGAUUCUGGCAGUGUGGGCCUGGCUGGUCUCACCAAUUUCAGUGACUGCUGCAAUUAUGAACUUGGGUGAGAGCAGAGAAAGCAAUGCCGUCAAGGUUGGGGACAUCCAGGUAUUUUGGAAGGUUGUGGUUCCUAUUGGAGUUGAAUCCUAUACUUUGAGGGCGACGCGAAAGGCAAGUCGCUCUAGGAGGUAUCGUUGA